AUGUCAAAGGCCGGAAUUGAGAAAGCUGCCAUCGACGCUAAAGUCGCCAAGGUCCGCGAAAUCGUACGUGAUGUCAGCAAGAACGACAUCAUGCUGGCGCUGCACAACUUUGACAUGGACGUGAACAAAACCAUCAACGCUUUCACUGAAGGUAAGGUUUUGAGUUGCAUUUUUCGAAUUUUAGGAAGGUUAUGAUCAAAGAAAGAAGAUUUAUUCUCGGCAUUAUUAUUAACAACGAUAUAAUUACUGUUCAGAGUGAUAAACAUAAUAAAUUCUCUGUUUUUAGGCAAGGAAGCAGCCUUGGGAGAAUGGCAAACCAACGGCGCUGUUGCCAAGAAGAAGAAGAACAAGAAGAAUGGCCAAUCGAACGCUACAGCUGCCGCGAAGCCAGCUCAAGCUAAACCCACCCCAGCUUCAGCCAAACCUACCACCUCCGAACCACCAAAGCCAAAGGUCGAUCAGGCCAAGGUGAAUGAAACUGUCCAAGCCUUCAAUUCUCUGGAUGUCUCGGCCAGAGCUUCUGAAGUUGAAAAGUUGGCCAAGGAUCUUGAUGGCACCGUGCAAUCCCUAAGGCAAUUGAUUUCAAGGGCCGAAAACCAAAAAACGGCCGCCAUCAACGCCAUUUUGGCUGCCGUUCAACAACGUGAUCGUCAGCUAUCGGCUGAAUUGGAAGCCGUCAAAUCUGAAGUUGAGAGGCAGACUCAGAAACAACGUUCGUUGUUGGAGAAGAUUCAGAAGAGCGCACAGAACGGUGAUAUCGCCAAAUUCACGGCCGGUAAUGCUGGUUUGGAGACGAUUUUGAACUCGCCUUUUACUUUUGAUGAAAAUCCAUCGUUGAGGAGCAUUGGAAAGUUUGGUUCAGGUAAGAAUUGUUUUUUAAAAUGGGUUUUAGGUAUGAAAAGUGUUUUAUACCUUUAGGUAUCAAAAAGAAUUUUAGGAAUCAAAAAUGAAUUUUAGGUAUUAAAAUUAAUUUAAACAUUAAAUUUACCAUUUUAAAUUCUAGUGUACCAAACCGGUAACGUGGUGGUACCAGCCGCUGCUCCAGCCCCACAACAAGCCAAACCUCAAGCUAAUGGUGCACCAAAACCGCAACCAAAAGUGGAACAGAAGCAGAAUGGUACCGCACCAAAGGUGAACGGUGUCCAGAAGCCAUCUAACGGUGUAGCCAGCAAAAUCUCCACCAGCCAAUCAUCGCUGGUCAGCUCCGAAGACUCGGGAUUGGGACAAGUUAGCCCGGUGGCUCAACAAGGUAAGUGCUUGAAGGUAGUUGAGAAUCUUGUAGUAGGGUUUUUUGGGGGGGGGUAAGGAUGUAGUAAAGUUGAUUUACAUUGUUUUUACGGCUUUUAAAUUGAUUAGCCUUACCUUUGAUUUUAAGAAAAAGUCCGCGCCCAAGCCGGCGGCCUAGUCAUCGAAGGCGAAGGCAUUUCGCCCGAAGCCAUGGCCGACAUUCAACGACAACUCUCCGAACAACUCAAGGCACAAGGCAUCGACGAGUCCAUUCUGUCGGGCCUAAGCGGUCUCGGAGGCACCAGCGUGGCCCCACGCCGCCGUGCCCCACGGAAGGACGGGCCCAAAGACAACAAAAAGGGACCGUCGAAGCCAAUCGGAGCUCAUUAA